AAGUUAAACAACUUAAACAACUUCAACAACAAAUGAUUACAACCGAAACAGUUCCCUGGAGUGAUGAUCUCGAGAAUCGUCUCUGCCAGCUAUACGAGAAGGAUGACGUCAUGGACAUAUUUUGGGGCCGAAACAUUCUCACCGGUGAAACAACAUGGAAUGUUUACGUGGUUACCCGCGGUUUUGGCCUACGCGAAUGGAAAGAAGAAGUCGCAGGUCAAUUAAUUCGUUUCAUACCAGAAGGAAAAGGGUUUAUGGAUCCACCACAAAGUUCCCAUGAUCCUAUGCCAACUUGGAAAAAGGUCCCACAAGAUUUACAGAAGGCUUUUGAUAAAGCUUUAAACAAUGAACUGGGACCAUCGUUCCGGAAAGUACAUUAUAAUCUGGUUGGUAUGAAUACUGGGUAUAAGCGAACUCAAGGUAAAUUUACCGAAAAACCUGCUAUUAUACUAUAUGUUCGCCAAAAGGGAAUUUUGCGCCAUGGUUGUGACAUAUUCCCGGAUAAGAUUUGUGAGUAUCCGGUAGAUGUUGUCGAGGCUUGUGUUGCAACUCCUUAUGGUUUUGGUGCGAGUAGAUGUAUAGAUUAUCAGGAGAAUGUUAAGUUGGGAUCGAGUAUAGGAGUGUUAGAACCACAGAGAACAUCUGGAACUCUCAGUGCUGUCGUUCAUGACAAAGAUUCAAAACAAAUAGGUAUCCUCUCAUGUGAACAUGUAUGCAGAUCUAGUGAAUCGAGUCCUGGAACGGGUGUCAUAAUCUAUCAGCCUUCGCAUAAGGAUAUAAACGAACGGAAACAAACAUUCAUUGAUAUGGCGAAUGAUGAUAAAACAUACAAAGAAAUCUCUGAAAUGUACUGUAGUAAAAUUGAAGAGAAUAGACAGAAUUCUUCCCUAGCUUGCUAUGAGCGUGGCAUGCGAAGAAACUUUCACUCUAAGGCACUUCAAAAGGACUUUGGUGUUGAUGUCGCAUUUUGUGUUUUCACAAACAAAAAUCGUACAUUAUGCUCAAGUGAAUUUUCAGUUUACCCAGAGGUCUUCAAAAAAGCAAAACUUUCCGAAAACACCCGUCUAAAUGGCUUUUAUAAAUAUGAAGAGUUUUAUAACAUCGAUGAAAUUGAAGUCUUUAAAGUAGGAAGGGAAACAGGUCUUUCUUGCGGAAAAUUGGUUCCUGUUAUUACUUCUGUUUCCAUUGAUCUUAUAAACAAGAGCAUUAAAUCCGCAGAAAGUUUUGGUGAAAUCCCACAAACCUCAAGUACUAAAUUUACAGACAAGGAAUAUUUCAUUGGAUACAUGAAGUCACCAAUUUACGAAAAUCGUCAGAAAUGUUACCCUACUGUGUGGUUUGACCGGCAAUUAAUUAUUAAAUUCGAAUUUGGAGGAUUUGAAU